AUAACUGCACUAUUCAUGUUUCCGUGCGCUCUAACUCAACAACCACGGUUCAAAGGUCGUUAUAUUUUCCUCUCAGUUCAGAUUUGAAAGUUUCCUGUCUUUUUCGUUGGAUUUUACUCGCUUUGAAUUGCCACAUGGCGGAAAAGUUUGAUCCAGCAGACUCUGCCUGAUUGAAGUGAUUGAGCUGAUUGACCUGCUGACUACAGGACUCAAGCUGUGAGCCUUGCUGUGUGGUAUGUGAAAAGGUAACCGGUAUGGCAGUCUACAGAUAAGAAGACAAAAAAGACAAACAGAAACAGGGCUGAUGUGACACUUAACAAAAGAUUUGAGGAGAGAACGAGAGAGAAGGAUUGUGCCGUCGAGCUUAGAACUGCAGGGAAACUGACAAAAUGAGUGGCAAGAUGAGUAAAAAAGACCUGGACCAUCAGUUUGAACAGUUCCUGAAGGAGUCCCUCUCGGAUGAUUCCCUGGAUGAUGGAGGUGGGAAGUCUGGGAGCGUCCUGCACAAACUCGGCCAGCGAGAGCAGAAGAAAGAACAAAAGCUGUGGUGGAUGGAGGAGGAUGAGGAGGGAUCGCCUCGACUCAAGGGCAGCUCAACCAACAAGUGGUUGAUGAAAAAGGACAAGAAAAAGGAAGAAACUUCUGGGAAGGAGCUAGGAGGAUCACAAGAAGCAAAGUUCUUAAAGUCGCUGAACAAGAAAAGUCCCACAGAACCCCCCUUGUCAGGGCUUGCUGCAAACUUUGACAAUCCUCCUGCCAAGAGGGAUGUAGAAGUGAGUAAGGACAGUCUGGAAGACUUCUUCCAUGCAGGCCGCAAUAAGACUAAGGGUAACAACGGUGGAAGGGGUGGGGUCAUUCCUGAGAAAGCGAGUUUUGAGGAUACUCUGAUUGACAGCAGCGGUGAUGAAGCUGUGGAGGAUGUGAGAACGGGGAGCGCUCCGGGGACAGGACCCGGAAUGGACACACUGGAGGAGCUGGCUGAGAAGGAAAGAUUCUUUAAGGAGAUAGAGGGGGGCGCAGAGGGUACUGUGGACUAUGGGAGACUUAACGAGGAAGCAGAUCUUACAGAUACCUUCAAACAGCCACAGUCUGGCAAAAACAAUGAGACAAAACUUGACAGUUACAGUGAAGACUUUUCUGAUGACAGUGAAGACAAUGAUGAAGAAAGGGAUGAACCUGUGAAGGUGACAGAUACUGUGAGUAAGACAGACAAUGAGGAAAGCUCCAAGAAGUUGACAAGUACCCCACCAUCCAAACCCAUGUUGGCUAGGGUAGCCCUGUUUGACACCAUGGACUCCAGUUUUGGGACAGGCAAGCUGGGGAAGACGUUGCUCCCCUCAGGAGGGGACACGGACGGGGAUUCUCCCCAGAUGAAGACGGUUCCCACGGCAACGGGAACCAACAGUGACGUGGAGGCCCUGCAGCGAGCCCUGCAGGAUGCGCAGAUGUCCACGCUAGGCACGGGUACGGCUGCAGACUUAGACCUGGGGGAAGGGACCGAGGCAAGGGGGUUCAACCUCAGCCCUGCUCAACCCAGCAGGGGGAGAGGUUUUGACUUGGAACCAGCUGGUACAGAAGACCAAGGAUUCACCUUACCUGAGGAGAACAGAGGGUUUGACCUCCAACCAGCUGAUGACUCCAGGAGACUCAACCUUCAACCAACUGGUGAGAGGCAUGGGUUUGACCUUCAACCUGCUAGUGAAAACCAUGGGUUUGACCUUCAACCUGCUAGUGAAAACCAUGGGUUUGACCUUCAACCUGCUCGCGAGAACCAUGGGUUUGACCUUCAACCUGCUAGUGAGAACCAUGGGUUUGACCUUCAACCUGCUAGUGAGAAGCACGGAUUUGACCUUCGACCUGCUAGUGAGAACCAUGGAUUUGACCUUCGACCUGCAGGUGAGAAUCAUGGGUUUGAUCUUGAACCUGCAACAGGAUUUGACCAAGGUCAAACUGGGGCAUCAGAUGCUCAUGGGUUUGACCUCAGCCCUGCACAUGUUGAUCCGAAAGGAUUCCGUUACGACGAUCAUGACCUUGACAACACCACAGACAGUAAGCCACAAACACCAGUACCCACACCCAGACAAAGGAAACACAUAGGGCAGAAGUUUACAUAUGAGUCUCCAGAGCGAAACUAUAAAACCAUCCAGGACCUGGAGAGGGACAUCGAGACUCAGGUGGGAAGGUUGGACAGUCUUGAUGACAGCAUUGUGGAUGGUAGAUCACAGCAAGUCAGCAGGAAAGGGAAGCCAAAGAAAGGUACUAAAAAACAGAGUCAGGUACGAAGCUCUGGGUACGGUAAAGUUGUCCCAUCAAGGAAGAACGGAAGCGCUAGCACCCCUGAUGCAAAGUUAGGAAAACAUGCCAGAGACUCGACCAUACCAAAGACAAGUACUCCCAGCAAACAGGGCAAGACUGUCAGCUUCCACGGACAAAGUGUCAAGGGAAGACCGUCCAGUGCUAGCCCCUAUAGAUGGACUCCUAAACAGGUCUCCACGUUUAAGGCCAGAGGGGUUCCUAUGGAUGACUCUGUAGCUGGAACCCAGCUAAUGGCAUCUGUGGAGUCUUUUGCUCACUAUAUCCAAGACCACUUCUCACCUGAAAGAAAGGGGAAGUCUUCCAGGCAAGCGUGGGAAGACAAACCCCCUGUCACGUCAUCAGACGGCCCACCUCCGGGAAUAGAACACCUCUCCAGGGAGAAGAUGUUGCUCUUACAAGUACAGGAUCUGCAAAGGGAGUUGGAAGUCGAACAGAAGCUCAGGGAGAAAAUCCACGCCGACUUUCGAGCUCAGCAGAGGGAGCACCAGCGGGAGGUGGAAGAGCUGCGCCUCCAGCACGACAAGGAGUUAGACCAAGUAAGGCAGGAAAACUUUGUCUUGCGAGCAAAACUUGGCGACUCAGAAGCGCAUGAUAGCAAGGAAAAUAAAGACGAACCAUCAAGCCAAAAAUCAGACUCCAAAGGAAAAGCUUCAGAUGAAGAAGUGUUGAGGUUGCAACAGGAAGUCAAGGUGCAAGAGGACCUCCUUAAAGGCUACCAACAGGAGAACGAGAGGUUGUACGCACAGCUUAAGACGGGUACAUCAAAGUACAAGGAGACAGAGACCCUGCUGUUUCAGGAGAAUCAGAAGCUGCAGGCAGAGGUGGCCCGGCUGAAGGAGACAGGAGAGGAGAGGGAGAGGGCCCUGCUGUUUAAGGGGGUCAUCACCAGUCCUGCAGCACAGCAGCAGAUCAAGGCAGGCACGGCUGAGGUGUCCAUGGCUGCUGCUCGCGUGGCCUACCUGGAAAAAGAGCUGAGAAAGUCCAAGCUACACAGUGAGGACAUGCUGAGGGAUGUGGUGAGGCUGAAGGGUGAGAAGUCACAGCUGGAGCAGCAGCUAGACAGGGAGAGGGCCCUCGGUGUCAAGGCUAACAGACAAGUGAGUGAGAUGACAGAGGUACAGCAGCUGGAGGUGAGGACUAGGGCACAGCAGUAUGAGGAGGAGGCCCUGGAGCUGAAGAGGAAGCUGCGCUGGUACGCAGAGAACCAGGAACUGGUGGACAGACAGACACGGGUCCUCCGGGAGAAGGAGGAGGAGAUGGAGCGACUCCGGAGCCAGGUAAAGAGGCUGGAGGCCCAAACUGGACAGAAACAAGACAGCGCCAGGGGCAGGGCAAAGGAGCGAGCAGCCGACGCCAAGCGCAUCCUCGAUCUGGAGCGGCAAGUAAAAGAGAUGGAGAACAUCAUAAAGAGACGCCAUCCGAACUCCAUUCCCGCAAUGAUCCUUGCCGCAAAUGCAGCACCUCCCUCGGCACCCAGUAGCCCCACAAGGCCUCUGUCUGUACAGUUCCUGGAGAACAGAAUCAGGAAGUUGGAGGGUGAGCUGGAGAGAAGGGACGAGGAUGCCAAGUUGAGUCUACGUGCCCUACAACAGACUCACAACCAGGUGAAGCUUCAGUACGAAGAGGAGAUCUCCAGACUUAGGACCCAGCUCGCCGAUAGAUUGCAAGUAUCGGCAAGGCCAGACUCCAACAAAGUAUCCUCCUUGGAGAUACAGCUUGACCUGGAGAGGUCUGAACACAACAAGAUGGUUGAAGAGUUCAAAAGGGAAAUCACAGAGCUGCAUAAACGUCUGGAAGCUGCACAGAUGAGGAAGUCUAUGAAUGAUAAUGAGGCCUUUGCGGCCCAAAGGCUCGAGGCAGAGACUUUAGUUUUGAAAAAGGAGUUGAAGGAAAAGAGCCAGGAAAUCUUCCAGCUGCAGAAAACGUGCCAAAAACUGCAAGCUGGCUCUGGGAAAGAUGGAGGAAAAUUCGGCAAGACCAGAAGUGUUGGGAAGAAAAAGGCGGCGGGUAAAGAUGCCUUGCCGUCGAGACAUGACGUCGCCUUUCCAGACUCUCUGGAUGACAGGUCGUACGAACCGCACGCUUUCAGUGGUUUGCACAUUUCUGACAUCCAAAGGGAGAAUGAAACCCUGAAGCAACAGGUAGAAACUCUUUCAUUUGAACUUGAACAGCAGCGAGUCAAGCUUCAGAUGCAGGUCGCCGAGGCGGAGAGCAACGUCCGCAAAGCACACGAGGCCUCAGAGGAGCGACUGGACGUCAUGAAAGCAGCUCACCAGAGAGAGGUGGAGAAACUCUUGUCACAGUACACGAGACAGCAGUCCACCUCCGAGAUAGCGGAGCUCACGAGUAGACUGCAGACGAGGGACGUCAUGCUGGAACAUCUGAAGUCAGAGUUAGCGUCGGCCAAGAGAGACCAGGAGGAGCUUGUACGGGUGAAACUGCGGGAGGAGACCCUGCAGCGGCGGCUGAGGGGACUUCAGGAGGAACUGGCCGAGGCGAAGGCACAGCAGUCCCCGGAGAUGAGACACUUUGAGUCGCUGCAGUCUAAAAUCCAGGCCAUGGAGGAUAAGUACAGGGAGAGAGAGAGGGGACUGCAGAACGGGAUGUUGAGUCCGAAGGGAGGAAGGACCGACUCUCACUGGGCACAGAUAGUAGAGUCUAAGAACAGGCAGAUUGAACAGUUCAGGGCAGAGUUGGACUCUAUCUUAGCAGUGCUCAGGCAGAUUCAGCACAACAAGAUGUCAGCAGGGUACAGAAUUCCAACAAUAUGAUACGUCUGUUGAUAACAAACACUAGAUAUAUUUUAUAUUUUACAAUGCUACUACCUGUGCGUUGAAUUUUCAGUACUCGAUAGUAGGCCUAUAAACAGUAUAUUGCCACUGACUGUCCUAUGACUUUGUAUUUGUAAAUGUACUUGAAGUGAUAAAUACAUAGUACUAUGGUCCACAAUGGACUUCUGCUGUGAAAGGCAAAUGCUGAUAAAACACUUUUUGUGGAAUAUAGAUUUUUGUAUAUCCUAAGUUGAUGAUGAAAGAUAUUUUUAUCCAAACAUUUUAAAAAGAAUAUUGUCAACUUGCGGGUUACUUGGGUUCAUGUUGCAUAUCAGACUUGGUCACUAAUUGAAUAAACUUCAUUGCAUACUU